AUGGGCGUCAGCUUUUUUUCAACUUCAACUUCGACUUUUCUUCUUCUUCUUCAUCAUCUUUCGUCCUGCAGCUUUCGAUUCUCCUAUCUUGAUGCAGUUGAUACCUCUGUAAGACACGUUGGCAGUGAGGAUAUUUCCUUGAAAUCACAGGACGGCUGGGUUAACGACGGCUUUUUCAGGCGAUGGUCGAUCUUCGGGCCGGCGUUUCACUUCCAAACCCAGCGCCUUGCUCCGUGGUGGUUCCUGAAUGACCGUCACGGCCAGCCAGCUGUUUAUAUCCAUCCAGAAGAGCUGCUGCUUGUUGAUCUCCGUCCAUCACAUCCUGCUGCCGAACCACUCUCUGCACUUACCACGGCGUUGUUGCCUGCCUCGUGA